AUGCAGGCCAGCCGAGUAUAUGGGCCGAGCUUUAAUGGUGGCCCCGAUCGCCGUGGUGCGCGUCUCCUUCGACCACCCAGUCGACCUUUCGGGAGACUCACCAGCUUGGGCUGGAUCUGGGCAUCCCUGUUUUACAGCCUCCCGACGCAGGUGUGGGCCGUACCGGAAAGUUGGCUGCCAGUGAUGCAUGCAAUGCAAAUGCAGGCUGACCUAGUGCCAGAGUCCCUAGAUGUGGCUCUCCCACAUGGUGGGGACACCUCUGUUUUUCCGAGCUCUGAAGAACAGCGCCUCAAUCUCCUCACGCAUGUCCAGAAUCAUGACCUGCAGCGUCCUCUGGAGAACACAAAUGAAAUACCGGUGCCACCGUUGCAUUCCCCGCCCGAGGUUGGACAGCUUGGUCCUCCCAGCUUUGCAGGUGUCUGUUAUGUUUUAGCGCCACAAUACCAAGCUGAGGUGCUUCGGCUCACCCUGAGCCCACCAGUUGACCUGGCGACUUUCUUCAAUGCUGUUCGGGACGGACUUCAGCACUUGCGCCUUCCACAUUGCUCAGUUUUGGCACCCACUGUUCCACAGCUUGGGCCUGACUUUGCAUCCGUUGUGCUGGCUCCUAAGUGGCUGCCGCAGUCCGGGCGACAGUGUGUGGUUUUCGAUUUCCGGGCUUUCGACGGCCCGGUCUAUGCCCGGAUUGUGCAUGAAAAUCUGUCACAUUUUGACUGCCAAAGCGAGGCCGAUUUUCAAGGCUGCGACAGGUGCAGCAUCUAUGUGCAGGGGCACUCUCGAGCUCUGGAAGCUGGGGACACCUUCCUUGCCACCCUUGGAUGCACUGUGCAAUACAGACCUGCUGGUGAGUCAGCCUCCUGGUGCUGUACACUUACAGCAAGGUUCGACCGGCCACAGUGGUGGCUCCAGGACCCUCAGCUGCCGGCUGAUGCCCAGAGCAAGCCGGUCCUUGUUCUGCAUGGGGACAGAAACACUAUAUAUAGUGCAUCCAAAUACCCAGGCACACCGGCCCUCCGUUUCUUAUCAGACCUCGUGGAUCGCACACCUGAAAGGAUGAUCUUCAUAGCCCCGCCAGGGGAUGGUUUGGCUAAUGUUGACUUCCGGGGUGUUACGUGUAGGGACGUGAUGGCCGUCUUUCCGCUCACUCCCUUUCCGGAGCGUGAAGGAGUCCUUGUGUUUCUGGAUGCUAGACAAGCCGGACAGGAGAUUACUCAUAUCUACCUGCCAUCCCCCUCUGCAGAUCCUCAUUACCUGGUCCAGUACCUGCAGCUGCGCCCCCCGCCAUGCUACCGUGUUGCGAUAUCCCCGCCAGGGCGGCUGGGAACAAUCCAUCUCGCUGAAGGUGAUAGAUCCGCCAAGAGGGCCACCUCCGCCUCAGCCCGUCUGCGCUAUGCGUCUCAUGCUGAUGGCAGCCGGCAAAGCAAGGUGCUCAAGGAACCGACCUGUGGGAAUCGUGCCGAAGCCCGAACUUUGCGAGGUCUCCGAGAUGCAACACGCCGGCUUGGAGGCCGAUGGAUUACGGACCCACCGCAUGGUCUCCCGGGGUUUGCCCAAGCUGUGUUGGAGACUGACGACAUGUCGGAUCAAGAGGAAGCAUCCUCCCCCUGUGUUGUGUUUUGUGUAGUCUUCAAGCUUGACUAUACGCGCGAGAUGCUUCAUGUUACGAUUGAUGUUCCUGCCACACCAGACGAGCUCACACAGGAACUUCGUCAGGCACGGUCACCAGGUGAUGCGGAUCAGUACCCGCAGUUGCUCCCUGUUCUCCCACAGCCAUCAUAUGGACUUGCCCUCUACAUCGCUCACCAAAUCUGGAACGCAGCUCCAGACCUUGUCUGCAUAGACACUGUAGAUGUUGACGGAAGGCUUUUUGCGGUCUCUGCACCGCCCUAUGCUACCAAAGCAGAUCUCGUGUGUCUUGCGGGGUUGCUUCCAGCAAUUGACUAUGAUGUCUACUUUGGUGUGGAUCAGGAUCCCGUCGGUGAUGUUGCUGUGCACCUCUUCCCGGGCGCACUCGUCACCUUCCGCCAUGUUGGGAGCGCUAAUCCUGAGCUACUCACUCUCGGAGGCAUGCUGGAGACUCACCUCGCUUGGAGCAUGCCGCACGAUCUGCCCUUUCCCCAUGUUCCUGAGGCACACUGCCUGGUCCACAGGGGCACUACCAGACUCUGCGUUGACGCGGUGCGCGACCCAAUGCGCUAUCGAGACGCAAUUUCUGGAGUUACCGGAGCAGACCCGACGCGCAUGCGCCUCUUCGCUGCGCAACCCAGCCCCACUAAUGUUGCAAUCCGGGGGGUGAACUGUACGAGCGAUCACAACUCAGGCUCAGAUCAGGAGGAUCCCGUUACGGAACAGUCCCAGCAGCUCCGGACAGAGGAGGGUUCCCCCCCGGUCCUCAUGACCUUUUCUGUCUGCACAGUUGAUUAUGCGCUGGAACAGAUUACGAUCCGGUUGCCAGUGCCGACAGAUAUCACCCUUGCCUUGCAGCACAUUUCGCACGCCAGGAGUGAGCCACAUGCCACGUGGUUUCCGCGGCUCCUGCCUGUCAGCCACCAACCCCACUCUGGAAGUGCUUUUGUCCUCGCCCUUCCUCCUUGGGACGGACCUGGAGUUCCAGUUUUGAUUGAGAACGGGUUCGAACACCGCUUCUUUGUUGCUGAAGUUCCCCCGCUCUCCCAGCGACAUGACUUCCUUGCAUUCGUUGCCUUGCCCGAGGGAGCUGAGACGCAUGUAUACGUCAGGGACAUGCCUUGGCCUCUCCUGGAUGGGAUUGCAAUACAGGCCCACCCUGGGGAUCUUGUUUCCAUUCAGCCAGCGAACCAUGCCAUAGUUGUGCUGGCCACGCUUGCGGACAUGCUACGUGACAGAGAGGGAUGGCGCCGCCCGCCCCCAUCGGUACCGCAUGGCCCCAGCACUUUACUGCUGCUGGCUGAUGAACGACAGCACCUUUUCCAAUUCGACUCCGCUCGUCGUCAUCAGCUUCGCCACGAUUUGUCCCGGGUACCGGAGGAUCACAUGACUCGCAUCUCCCCCCUGCGGACGCCUCCUCACAUGACAGAGCUGGGAACCACCGGGUGGCUUCUUUUCCUUACCAUUUGGGGAUCUGCAGUCCGCCCAAAUGCCGCUGUACACAUUAGUACUGCUCAGUUCAAUCCAGGCAACUCACAGGAACCUGGAGAAGGGCCCGAUGGAGUUACCACGUGGACGACGGGUUUAAAUAUUGCCGCCCAGAGCUGUGGGCCCCUGUCCGACACCUCUGCACUCUCGGGACCCCUGCUAAAGUUCCCAAUAGUACCAGCGCCUGAUAUUGUCUCCGUCAGACCUGUCGCAACACCUUGUCGAGUUCGCGUUCCUGCCGCAACGAUCGGCGCACUCGAUGACCUUGGCAGUCGUGCUGCGACCUCUAAGGGAGCAGGUGGCCCGGUAGCACACUGCAAUGUGCAGUCUGAGGCGCCCAGCGGCACUGUCCCUGCCCUGGGGAUCGGCCCAACCCUUCUUGAGCAAUCGUUGCGUCAGACUCGUUACUUUGCCUUUUAUCUUGCCAGGACCCUCCUUGAGACGCUAGUUGAACAUUCUCAUGAAAAGGAGACCGCAUUGGCAGAUGCUGCACUGCCUGAACAUCCCAUUGCAAUGAGCGCCGAGCCUCAGACAGACGGUCCGAGGUCAAGAGUUCUAGGCAUCUCAGACCAUCUUGAGCCUUGCCGGGUCUUCAACCUCACAGAUGUGCAAACGCCCAUUGCAUGCUCUUUUGACGAUAUCGCCCCCCUGGUCAGACCCGGACACUGGAAACUUGCAUCUUUGCCGUCCAUUAGACUUCCGGGAGAUGUCCUUGAUUGGUUGCUGCAGUGGGAUCCCUGCCUUGACCAUAUUUCCUAUCACGACCUCCAGAGGGUCGAGAUCUACACUGAUGGUUCAUACGAUGGCCGGCACUCUGCUUGGGCAUUCCACGUUUGUGCACUUGCAGACGAUCACCACUACCACCUCGGAUGGCAGGGCAAUCGCCUGACAAACGACCCUACACAAGCGAGCUGUCUUGGGGCCUUCCAAGAGGGAGCCUUCUCCGCCGAAGUAAGUUGCUGCUCUCUUUUGGGCGACGUGCUGGUGUAUCCAACUCCCGGCUUAUGUCGCCAUCGAUGUGUACUCUGA